AUAGACUUUGUGGCGCACGACGAUCCCUACAUGACGGAUGGCUGCAACGACAUCUACGCGUUCCUGAAGAAGAAGGGGAUGUUCGUGGCGACGGAACGCACCGAGGGUGUGGUCCCCUCAGACGUGGUCGCACGCAUUGUGCGUGAUUACGACAUCUACGUCAGGCGCAACCUCGCUAGAGGCUACUCGGCCAAGGAGCUCAACGUCUCAUUCCUCAAUGAGAAGAAAUUCCGUCUGCAAAACAAAAUGGAGGAGCUGAAAGACAAGAGCAAGAGAGUGAUGGAGAACUUCGGCGAGAAGAAGAUAGACAUGCUGCAGAAGUGGGAGGAGAAGUCACGUGAUUUCAUCGACGCGUUUCUGCUGCUGUUCGGCCGAGAGGAAGGCUGGUCAGUUUUGGAUUUGGUCUCAACAAAAUUUGCAAA